GCUUCUUCAAAUUGUGCUUGGUUGUUGUACUUCCAACUCCACCCUUGGUUCGUUAAAUAUCAUCCCUCUCACUCUCACACCUCUCAUCUCUCAAAAGAUAUCCCCAAUCGCCAAAAAUCAAAACUCUAUGGCAGAAAUAUAAUCACAGAGAUAAAGAUCCCAAAAAAAAAAAAAAAAAAAAAAAUCAAAAACCCAUCUCAUAUCUCUCAUGUUAUAAACCAUUUCUUAAAAAAAAAAAAAAAAAGUCUCUUCCUUUCACAACCCAGAAAGGAAGAGAAGCAUAGAAAGAGAGUAAAGGUCUGACCUUUAUUCUUAGAUCUCAGUUUUUCUGUGUGUUCCUUUCAAUGGCAGAGUCAAGGAGGUACAUUUCACAGGAAGAACUUGGAAAGCACAACAAACGAGGAGAUCUAUGGGUCUCUAUCCAGGGAAAGAUCUACGAUGUGACUGAUUGGGCUAAAGACCACCCGGGUGGUGAGCCUCCUUUGUUGAAUCUCUCUGGCCAAGAUGCCACUGAUGCUUUUGUUGCAUACCAUCCAGGCACUGCUUAUCAAUAUGUAGACAAAUUCUUUACUGGGUAUUAUCUCCAAGACUAUUCUGUUUCAGAGGUUUCCAAAGAUUACAGGAAGCUUGUGUCUGAGUUUUCUCAGAUGGGCUUGUUUGAUAAAAAGGGACACGUGACGUUGUAUACACUUACAGCGAUAGCAAUGUUGUUUGUUGUGAGUGUUUAUGGUAUUUUGUGCUCUGAUAGCACGUGGGUGCAUCUUGGUUGUGGUGCGUUAAUGGGGGUUCUUUGGAUUCAAAGUGGUUGGAUUGGACAUGACUCUGGGCAUUACAAGGUUAUGAGCAGCACUGGAUUCAACCGCUUUGCUCAAGUUCUUAGUGGGAAUUGUCUUGCAGGGAUUAGUAUUGCUUGGUGGAAGUGGAACCACAAUGCACAUCAUAUUGCUUGCAACAGCUUGGAUUUCGAUCCAGAUCUUCAGCACAUGCCUUUCUUUGUGGUAUCUUCGAAAUUCUUCAAUUCACUUACUUCUUAUUUUUAUGAUAGGAAGCUGAAUUUUGAUUCUGCUUCUAGGUUCUUGGUUAGUUACCAGCAUUGGUCAUUUUAUCCUGUGAUGUGUUUGGCUAGGAUUAACUUAUUUGCACAAUCAUUCAUGUUGUUGUCAUCUAAGAGAAGGGUGGCCAAUAGGGGCCAGGAGGUCUUGGGGAUUCUUGUGUUUUGGAUUUGGUACCCCUUUCUUGUUUCUUGCCUGCCUAAUUGGGGUGAGAGAAUCAUGUUUGUUAUUAUAAGUUUUUCGGUCACUGGAAUUCAGCAUGUUCAGUUCUGUUUGAACCAUUUCUCUUCUAAUGUUUAUGUUGGCCACCCUAGUGGGAAUGAAUGGUGUGACAAGCAGACUAAGGGAACAUUGGAUAUAACCUGCCCUUCUUGGAUGGAUUGGUUUCAUGGUGGGCUGCAGUUUCAGAUUGAGCACCAUUUGUUUCCCCGUUUGCCUCGAUGCCAGCUGAGGAAAGUCUCACCAAUGGUUCAGGAACUAUGCAAGAAGCACAAUUUGCCUUACAACAGUGCUUCAUUCUGGAAGGCCAAUGAAAUGACAAUUGGGACACUCAGGACAGCAGCCUUGCAGGCUCGUGAUCUUGCCAAUCCAGUUCCAAAGAAUAUGGUUUGGGAAGCUUUCAACACUCAUGGAUGAUAUAGACAUUUCCGAAGCUUGCUAAGAUUUUGGUGUUGCAGUUAUUUGUGCCCAUCUGAUGUUAAGUCGGCAUAAGGACUGCAUUUCAAUUGAUAUCUGAGGGUGGUCAUCCUUGGUUUCAAUGGAGCAAUAAUAACCAUCUUUAUCAUUGCUUGAAGGCUUCAAUCACUCAUUACUGAUUCCUACGUUUGUGGGAUCAGCUUAUGUCGUUUUUGGAAUAGGUGACAAACAAUUCGUACUGAUUAUCUGCAGGCUGAUAUAGUUCCUUAUCCUCCUGUUUGUGCUCAACACCUCAGUUAUGGAUUAGUGGGAUGAAAAGGAUUGUGAUUCCAUUCAAUGUUUGUUUUUGAUAGCUCAGUAUGUGCUUAGGAGGCUUUUAGUCUCACUCUAUAUAUAUAUUUAUUUAUCUGUGUUGCGUUUUGAACUUCUUUGUCUUUGAGAAUACUGGUAACAUUUGAUAGUGUUGGUUUUUAUUCAAUGCCAAAGCUAGUUUAAACUUUCAA